AUGAUCUCGUUUUCACACCUUUUGUACAAGCAUUCGACUGUGCCAACAAUAAACGGUUCCUCAUCAUCACCAGCAUUAUUAUUACUAUUAUCAGAUGAGCAUGCAUCACGCGGUCUUCCUGGUCUUGGUCAUUUGAAGCCACCAAAGAAUCCACGGUCCAAAACAAAGAGAAAAGAUGAAGCCAAAGUCGAGACACGACACGAAGAAGCAGAUGCGAACGCAAAGGAACAAUCCAAUCACGACAGCAAUGGCAAUAUGAAUACCAAUACCAAUACCAAUACCAAUACCAAUACCAAUACCAAUACCAAUACCAAUACCAAUACCAAUAUGAAUACCAUUGGCAUUGGCAUUGGCAUCAACACGAAUGCGUCCAUUGUUUCUACGGCCACCAACAACUCCAAAGAGAAUAAACGUUGCGCUCUAUGCUUCUUUGGUCUUCCUCGAUCGUAUGCCACAAUGGUCCUGCCGAGCAUUGAAAAGCACAUACUCAAGCCCAAUGCCGAUCAUUUCUGUGACAUUUUUGUACACUAUUUCCAUCAAACAAGCGAAGCUGCUGGUCGAUACAACAAUGGUGGUGAGAUUAAUCCAGACGAAAUCUUGAUGCUGCAACAGUCGGUGAAGAAAUUGUACCAAAACUAUACUACAACUACAACUUUGAAUGGAAUACGGCCCAAUAAGUUGACCCUCUUGUUCACCAACGACACAAAUGAAGCCUUUUUCGAAAAGCGAAGCUCCAAACUGCACCGAUACCACACAACACUUGACCGCAAAGGUCACCAAGUAUACUUUCCUUGGAGGAGUAACUGGGUGAAUGCCAGUUUAGACAAUAUGAUUCGACAGUGGCACUCGAUCGAAGGGGCCUUUGGAUUGAUGCGUCGCUACCAAAAGAUACAUGACAUUGACUACACGCGAGUCGCCAUGUUGCGAAACGAUGUUGUGUACUUGACUCCCAUCGAUAUUAUGAGAGUUGACAAUGGGACUCUGGAUACCAACAAUGAAUAUUUUGUCAUGCCAAAUUUCGGAAAGUACCCAAUAUGCGACCGAAUGAUAUAUGGGCCCUACGAAGCCGUCAAGGUAUGGGCCAAGCAACGAUUCAACUUGGUGGAACAGCGGAUCAAGACCCAACAUGACUUUGGAUGGAAAAUGCAUUCGGAACGAUUCAUGAACUCGACCAUUGUUCCUACGAUUGAAGCUUUGGGAUACAAGAAGAAUCUGAAUCGAGACAUUUGCUUCUUUCGAGCUCGCACGGGAGAGAUGCUCAUGGCGAGUGACUGUUUCAUGGCAGGCAGUGUAAGGGGAUUUGUCAAAAAUGAAACCAAUAUUCGAAAAGUGGUGGAGGAUACGGUCGAUCGAAACUGUUCGGACGUUAUCAUUGAUGAGAAGGAUACCAAUAUUCACGUCUUGUACUGCUAA